CCAAUCGUGACUCGCGGCUCGGCUCCCGGGCGGAGCUGGGUGGGCCUGAGACCAGGGUGAGAGGCCCGGGGGAGGUGAACGGGGCCCCUACCCAACGCUGGAGGGUCGCUAAGCCGCGGGCGUUCCUGGAGGUGGUUGUUGCGAACCUGGCAGCUGAGGGCAUCAUGGUAGGAGGCUUGAAGAGGAAGCACUCAGAUCUGGAGGAGGAAGAAGAGGAUGAGAAGUGGGAUUGGAGUCCAGCAGGCCUGCGGAGCUACCAGCAAGCCCUGCUCCGCAUCUCCCUAGACAAAGUCCAGCGAAGCCUGGGCCCCCGAGCACCCAGCCUUCGCAGGCACGUCCUCAUCCACAACACCCUCCAGCAGCUCCAAGCAGCACUUUGCCUGACUCCUGCACCUGCCCUGCCCCCAGAGCCCCUCUUCCUGGGCGAGGAGGACUUCUCGCUGUCGGCAACCAUUGGCUCUAUUCUCCGGGAGCUGGAGACCUCCAUGGAUGAGACUGAGCCACCUCAGAAUCCAGCAGCUCCCCCAAGCCCCCAGAAUGAAGUGCUUCCCCAGCCCGAUCCAGUCUUUUUAGAAGCUCUGAGCUCCCGGUACCUGGGGGACUCAGGCCUGGAUGACUUCUUCCUGGACAUCGACACAUCCGCAGUGGAAAAGGAGCCUGCAAUGGCCCCACCAGAACCUCCUCACAACCUUUUCUGCGCCCCAGGGUCCUGGGAAUGGAAUGAACUAGAUCACAUCAUGGAAAUCAUUCUGGGAUCCUAAAACUUUGAUGGGGGGCGGGGGAGGGCUCCUUCCUCAUCCCAGCCUUGGUGGGCUGACUCCCUGGAUGCAAUUCUGUGUGUGUGUGUGUGUGUUGAUGGGGCCUCUGAGCAGUGGCCUCCUCUCCUCCCACUUCAGGGUUCCACAAAUUGUCUUGCAUGUGUGUGUGUGUCUGGUUAUCGCAGCCUUCUGUGAAGGUGGGUCUUCCUGAAUUAAUUUAUCUGUUCCAAAUGCCUUAAUGAGACUCUGUUUCCGGGAGUCUGAUUUCCCACUUCCACAUUUCUUCUGCCUUUCCCUCUAGUUCCGACUCCCCUUGUGUCCACUGGGGCCUCAGGGAAGAUAAGCUGGGCCUGUCAAAGAAUGACAGGGAUGUGCUACCUGGUUGCUAUGGAAACCCAGCCUCUGCCUCGUGGCACCUCCAGGUAGUGGGAGAGGCUGGCCUCCUCCCCCAGGCUGAACCCCACCUCCUUCGCAGGACCCCAUUCCCAGCAGCCUCCUGAUUCAUGACCAGGCCGGACCACGUGCAAUAGGGUGGAAACCAAACUGCUCCAUGCCGCAUUAUUUAAAAGAAAAGCGGGUUUUGUGGUGUUUUUGUUUGUUUGUUUUGGUUGUUUGUAAUGAUUUUUUUUUUUUAAUAAAAGUAUUUUGGAAGGGG